AUGGACAGCCGAACCCUGACACCUGGCGCCAACUGGGAGCUGAGGCCGGAGGUGGUGGCUUUCCAGGAGCGUGACCAGCGCUCAGGAGCACCAGGGCGAGGACUUGGAGUAACAUGGAAAAAUCUCAGUGUUCAGGUUGUCAGCGCCGAUGCCGCCAUCCAUGAGAAUGUCGGGUCUCAGUUCAACAUCCCAAAGCUUGUGCAGCAGUCUCGCCACAAGCCGCCGCUAAAAACCAUCCUCGACGACAGCCAUGGCUGUGUUAAGCCUGGAGAGAUGUUGUUAGUUUUGGGUAGGCCGGGGUCUGGCUGCACGACACUUCUGAAUAUACUUUCUAACCGCAGGGCUGGAUUUGCGUCCGUCACUGGGGACGUCCACUACGGCUCGAUGACCUCAGAAGAAGCGAAGAGUUUCCGAGGUCAGAUCGUCAUGAACAGCGAGGAGGAGUUGUUUUUUCCUACCCUGACGGUCGGCCAGACGCUAGACUUUGCUACGCGCCUGAAAAUUCCAGCCAAGUUACCUGAGGGCGUCACCUCCCCCGAGGACUACCGAAAAGAACAACGGGAUUUUCUUCUUCGAUCGAUGCGCAUUGACCAUACCCAGGAUACCAUGGUGGGCAACGAGUUUGUUCGUGGGGUGUCUGGCGGCGAAAGGAAAAGGGUGUCUAUCAUCGAGACCUUGGCCACGCGCGGCUCCGUGUUCUGCUGGGACAACAGCACUCGAGGUCUUGAUGCAAGCACUGCUUUGGAGUAUGCCAAGUCCAUCCGAGCCAUGACAGACGUGCUAGGCCUCUCAUCCAUCGUAACGCUGUAUCAGGCCGGCAACGGCAUCUACAAUCUCUUCGAUAAGGUUCUCGUCUUGGACUCUGGCAAAGAAGUCUUCUACGGCCCUCUGCAGGAAGCCAAGCCUUUCAUGCAGGACCUAGGAUUCAUCUGUGCCGAGGGUGCCAAUGUGGCAGACUACCUCACGGGCGUUACUGUUCCUACAGAACGUAAGGUAAGGCCGGAAAAAAUGGACAUGUUUCCGCGCACUGCCGCCGCGCUCAGGUCUGCAUAUCAGAAAUCACCCAUCUAUACUCGCAUGAUCGCAGAGUACGACUACCCGGACAGCCAGGCGGCCAAGGACAACACAGAAAAGUUGCAUCAGGGCGUGGCCAUGGAGAAGAACCAUCGACUCCCUUCCAGCAGCCCCUUGACUGUCGGUUUCGUGGACCAGGUGGUAGCCUGUGUCAAGCGACAAUACCAGAUCGUCUGGGGCGACAAGGCUACCUUUCUCAUCAAGCAAAUAUCGACUCUUGCCCAGGCGCUGAUCACCGGAUCCCUGUUCUACAACGCCCCCGACACCUCUGCUGGGCUGUUCAUCAAGUCUGGGGCCCUCUUCUUCUCCCUCCUCUUCAACUCGCUGCUCGCCAUGGCUGAGGUCACUGAGUCCUUCAGCGGUCGCCCUGUUCUCCUCAAGCACAAGAACUUUGCCUUCUUCCACCCUGCCGCUUUCUGCAUCGCACAAAUUGCCGCCGAUAUCCCGCUCCUUCUGUUCCAGGUCUCCAUUUUCUCUCUUGUGCUGUACUUUAUGGUUGGUCUGACCAUGACUGCUGGCGCUUUCUUCACCUACUGGAUCCUUGUAUUCUCUUGUAUGACAGCUUUGUUCCGAGCCAUCGGUGCGGCCUUUUCCACUUUUGACGGAGCCUCCAAGGUUUCUGGUCUUCUUGUCAUGUGCAGCGUGAUGUACACGGGAUACAUGAUCCAGAAGCCCGCAAUGCAUCCAUGGUUUGUUUGGAUCUUCUGGAUCGAUCCUCUUGCAUACGGAUUCGAUGCUCUUCUCUCGAAUGAAUUUCACGGAAAGCACAUCGAUUGUGUCAGCAAUAACCUUGUCCCCUCCGGCGUAGGGUAUGACAACACCUACGCCUCUUGUGCAGGCAUUGGUGGUGCUAUCCAGGGCGAGACGUUCGUCACCGGAGACAACUAUUUGGCGUCGCUCUCGUAUAGUCACGCUCACCUAUGGAGGAACUUUGGUAUUGUCUGGGCCUGGUGGGUCCUGUUUGUUGCCAUCACUGUCUUCUCCACCUCGCGCUGGAAGUCUUCCUCCGAGAGUGGUCCGUCUCUGCUCAUCCCAAGGGAGAAGGCCAAGGUUGCUAGGGCGCUUCAGGUCGACACCGAGGCCCAAAGCACUGAGAAGGAUGGCGCCACCACCACUGGGUACCGCAGUGGCGAUGAGACGGCCGUGGAAACCAGUGGUGAGAGCAGCAUCGAUAAGCACCUCGUCCGCAACACAUCCGUUUUCACAUGGAAGCAUCUCUCAUAUACCGUCAAGACACCACACGGUGAUCGUCAGCUGCUCGAUAAUGUUCAGGGCUGGGUGAAGCCAGGGAUGCUAGGGGCCCUGAUGGGUUCAAGUGGUGCUGGAAAGACGACUUUGUUGGACGUCCUCGCGCAGCGGAAGACCGAAGGCACAAUUCGUGGGUCCAUUCUUGUGGAUGGACGUGAGCUUCCGGUCUCUUUCCAACGGUCUGCGGGGUACUGCGAGCAACUCGAUGUGCACGAGCCCUUUGCAACAGUCCGAGAGGCCCUCGAGUUCUCUGCCUUGCUGCGGCAGCCUCGCCACGUUCCUCGUGAGGAGAAGCUCAAAUACGUUGACACAAUCAUCGAGCUCCUCGAACUCCAUGACCUCGCAGACACUCUGAUCGGGCAUGUUGGCGCAGGAUUGAGUGUCGAGCAGAGAAAGCGUGUGACAAUCGGGGUGGAGCUCGUCUCCAAGCCGAGUAUCCUGAUCUUCCUGGACGAACCCACCUCGGGUCUGGACGGGCAGUCGGCCUACAACACUGUUCGCUUCCUUCGCAAGCUGGCCGAUGUUGGCCAGGCAGUGCUCGUUACAAUCCAUCAACCGUCUGCGCAGCUCUUUGCUCAGUUCGACACUCUACUCCUGCUCGCCAAGGGUGGCAAGACGGUCUACUUUGGCGACAUUGGCGAGAACGGUGCAGUUGUUAAGAGUUACUUUUCUCGAUAUGGCGCUUCGUGUCCGGAAGAGGCCAACCCUGCUGAGCAUAUGAUCGACGUCGUCUCGGGCCAUCUCUCUCAGGGUCGUGACUGGAACCAGGUCUGGCUAGAGUCGCCUGAGCAUGCAGCAGUCACCAAGGAACUGGACCAGAUCGUUGCCGACGCUCAGGCGCGCCCACCAGGGACCCUCGAUGAUGGUCACGAGUUCGCUAUGCCCCUCUGGGAUCAGGUCAAGAUUGUAACACACCGGAUGAACAGCGCUCUGUGGCGCAACACCGACUACAUCAACAAUAAAUUCGCUCUCCACGUCACUAAUGCGCUAUUCAAUGGCUUCUCCUUCUGGAUGAUCGGCGACUCCAUCACUGAUCUGCAGCUGCGCCUCUUCACAAUCUUCAAUUUUAUCUUUGUGGCUCCCGGUGUCAUAAAUCAACUGCAACCGCUGUUCAUCGAGCGCCGCGAUAUAUUUGAGGCGCGCGAGAAGAAAUCCAAGAUGUAUUCGUGGUCUGCCUUUGUCACUGGCUUGGUCUUCUCCGAAUUUCCCUACCUCUGCAUCUGCGCUGUGCUCUAUUUUGUCUGUUGGUACUACACCGUGGGCUUCCCGUCCGAGUCCACCCGGGCUGGCGGCACCUUUUUCGUCAUGCUUAUGUACGAAUUCGUGUACACAGGCAUUGGUCAAUUCAUUGCAGCAUACGCCCCCAAUGCCAUUUUCGCUUCGCUAGCAAACCCAGUCAUCAUCGGCACCCUGGUCUCUUUCUGCGGCGUUCUGGUCCCGUACGCUUCCAUCAACGUCUUUUGGCGGUACUGGAUAUACUGGAUGAACCCUUUCAACUACCUCAUGGGCAGCAUGCUCGUCUUUGAUGUUUGGGGCACCGACGUCACUUGCAAGAAAGAUGAGCUUGCUAUCUUCGACCCGCCCAACGGGACUACCUGCGAGGUGUACUUGGCCGAUUACAUGAAGGGCAGUGGAAUCCUGAGUAACCUUCUGAACCCGAGCGCCACGAGCGGGUGCGAGGUAUGUCAGUACCGAGACGGAAGUGGCUACCUGGAGACCUUGAACUUGAAGUCUUACUCCUACGGCUGGCGGGAUGCGGGAAUUGUGGUCUUGUUUGCAUGCUCCAGCUAUGCCUUGGUCUACGUGCUGAUGAAGUUGAGGACGAAGAUGAGCAAGAAAGCCGAGGAGUAA